AAUGAAAGAAGCGGACGUCAGCCAACAGCGUUGUAAAAAAUGAACGCAACGACGUCAAAACGACGACAGCUAAAUGUUCGACAUUCAACAUUAGUCGCUUUCACGUUCACAUAGUGUAUGGAACGCUUUUAAAGGCAAAAUUGAUUUAAAGUUGAAAUUACCAAUUCGUUUGUAAAGUUUCAGUUUAAUUUCGAAAUAAAAAAAUUUGAAAACAUCUGCUGUAAAGGUUCUCCAAAUUUUAUUGUUGGCACACUCAAAGAAAGAUAUACAUAUAAUAAUAGAUAAAAUAAUAUAGAGAAUAAAUAGUCUUGCAAAAAACACACAUUCCAUAUAACAAGACUUCAGAACCGAACCCAGAUAAUCCUCAAAUAAUGUCGAGUGAGAAUCAACCGGAUGGGCAAAAUCCAAAUGAGCGAUCUACAAUUCCUGUAAUAUAUUGGACUCCGGACCAUCCUGAUGGAGACAAUCCUGAUCAAUUAGAUCCGGAUUACAAUUACGAUCAAGAUAUGCAUGGAGCUAAUGGUGAAUUUGUAGAAGAUUCAUUUGAAUCUGAGGAUUCGGAUUCGGAUUACGACGAUCCUAUGCGUGGAUCUGGUGAACUUGUAGAAGAUACAUUUGGAAAAAAUAAGAAAUGCACUAGGACUAUUCCAGAUGGUGAACAUAAAAUUGCAAGUAUUAUCAAUGAAAAUGUAGUAGCACAAUUAAACGACGACUCAUCUGUCCAUGCUUCGCAAUAUUUCGGGCUGAAUAACCAGAAAUGGAAUUUCACUUAUGACCAUGAUAAAAAAGCAUAUAAAAUAACCAGCUCCAAAAAUCCUGAUUUAGCAUUAACAUCUCAAGAAGAUAUUGUCGUUGGGCAUAAAUUUACUGGCGAGCAUACCCAAUAUUGGAGUGUGGUAAAUACAGGAGUUUGGUUGAUCCAAAAGCUCAGAAGUUUACAUGAUCCGAGUAAAGUAUUAGAUUUGGCUGAAGGUUCGACUAGUAAUGGCAGUAGAAUACAACUAUGCAAAGAGACUGACAAUCCUGAGAACAUACCGAAUCAAAAAUGGAAAAUUAAGUUUUUUUUAUAUCGAUGGAUUGAAGACGGUGAAUAUAAAAUUGAAAGUAGUAGCAAUGCAAAUGUAGUAGCGCACUUCAACGACGACUCAUCCGUCCAUGCUUCGCAAUAUUACGGCCUGAAUAACCAGAUAUGGAAUUUCACUUAUGACCAUAAUAAAAAAGCAUAUAAAAUAACCAGCUCUAAAGAACCCAAUUUAGCAUUAACAUGGUGCACCGAAGAUGAAAGUGCCUGUGGGUUUAAAUUUACUGGCGGGCAUACCCAAUAUUGGAGAGUCGAACGGUCAGAUGAUAUAGAGUCAUAUCCUGAAUUGGGUUACAAGCUCAGAAGUUUACAUGAUCCGAGUAAAGUAUUAGAUUUGGCUGAAGGUGAGACAAGUAAUACAAAAAUAGUACUACACCAAGAACAUCUUAAUAACAUGGCGCACCAAAGAUGGACUAUUAGUUCUAUUUGUCAUCGAACAGUUUCAGAUGGUGAUUAUAAAAUUGCAAGUAGUAUCAAUCUAAAUGUAGUAGUAGAUUUAAGUGAUGGCGACGACAGACCUCUCCGUGCUUGGCAAUAUUUGGGAGUGAAUAAUCAAAAAUGGAAUUUCCGUUAUGACAAUAAUAAAAAAGCGUACAAAAUAACCAGCUAUAAAGAUCCUAAAAUAGCAUUAACAUGGUGUACGGAAGAUGGUAGAGUGAUUGGGUUGGAUUUUUCUAGCCAGCCUACCCAAUAUUGGCGUGUAGAACGAACAAAGGAUGGGUAUGGGUAUUACAAGAUCAAAAGUUUACAUGACCCAAGUAAAGUAUUAGAUUUGUCUGAGGCUUCGACUAGUAAUGGCAAUAAAAUAGUACUAUAUCAAGAGAAUCCUGAUAAUACGCCGCAUCAAAAAUGGGCUUUACAGACUAUAAAUAAAGCUCUUGUGGGAAAUGGAGAGCAUAUUAUAGCAUCUAUAAUUAACCGUACUAAGGUUAUAGAUUUUGAUUCGGCGAAAAACAAUUUGAUGAUAUCUGAUCAUAUGAAAUUACAACCAUCAUAUUGGCGAUUCGAGUAUGAUACUACUAAAAAUGCUUAUAAAAUAUAUAAAAACGAAUAUCCAAAUCUUGGAUUAUAUUUUCAAAGUUCUAACUUCGAUGUUAAGGUAGACAAUAUUGACAAUCUUGAUUCUAGUGACUUGAGACCUUAUUGGACAAUAGAGUACAUUGUAACCAGAGGUGGCUGUUUAUUCAGGAAUUUACAAGAUUCAACUCAAGUUUUAGAUAUUAAAGAUAGUAGUAUAACGUCUGGUACUUCGAUUAUAAGCUAUUCUGUCAAUGAUAAUAAUAGCCAACUAUGGUAU